GGAGACGUCUGCUUGGCUCCCCUCGGCCCCCGCCCCCAACCAGUCCUUAGAGCGCUCUGUUCCGCGUCCGUGGCCCGUCCACCGGGGGGUCCCCACCGCCCCCCACUCCCGUCCCGGCCUUGGCCCCGGCCCGACCCCUCCCCAGGCCCCCGGCGGGAUGGGGGACAACACCAGCCCCAUCAGCGUGAUUCUGGUGAGCUCGGGGAGCCGGGGCAAUAAGCUGCUGUUCAGGUACCCAUUCCAGAGGAGCCAGGAGCACCCGGCGUCCCAGACAAGUAAGCCUCGUAGCAGAUACGCUGUCAACAGCACCAGAGAGCAUGCCGAGGACCAGGACGGCGACUCCAGGUUUUCAGAUGUCAUUCUGGCAACAAUUUUGGCAACCAAGUCUGAAAUGUGUGGGCAGAAGUUUGAACUGAAGAUUGAUAACGUGCGUUUUGUUGGGCACCCGACGCUGCUGCAGCACGCGCUGGGCCAGGUCUCCAAAACAGAUCCAUCUCCGAAGAGGGAGGCUCCCACCAUGAUUCUUUUUAAUGUGGUAUUUGCACUGAGGGCCAACGCUGACCCAUCGGUGAUAAACUGUCUGCACAACCUCUCCCGCCGCAUUGCCACCGUGCUGCAGCACGAGGAGCGCCGCUGCCAAUACCUCACGCGGGAGGCCAAGCUGAUCCUGGCGCUGCAGGACGAGGUGUCUGCCAUGGCUGACGCAAAUGAUGGGCCUCAGUCCCCGUUCCAUCACAUCCUGCCCAAGUGCAAGCUGGCCAGGGACCUCAAGGACGCUUACGACAGCUUGUGCACAUCUGGCGUGGUGCGGCUCCACGUCAACAGCUGGCUGGAGGUGAGCUUCUGCCUGCCCCAUAAGAUCCACUACGCGGCCACGAGCCUUAUUCCCCCCGAGGCCAUCGAGCGGAGCCUGAAGGCCAUCCGCCCGUACCACGCCCUUCUGCUGCUCAGCGACGAGAAGUCCCUGCUGGGCGAGCUCCCGAUUGACUGCUCCCCAGCCCUGGUGCGUGUGAUCAAGACCACGUCUGCUGUGAAGAACCUGCAGCAGCUGGCCCAGGACGCAGACCUGGCCUUACUGCAGGUUUUCCAGCUUGCGGCACACCUGGUGUACUGGGGCAAGGCCAUCAUCAUCUACCCGCUGUGUACUCUCCGCUGGCUGAGCAGUUCUCACGCCAGUUUCCAUCUCACGACCUGCCGUCUGUCCUCGCUAAGUUCUCCUUGCCGGUCUCCUUGUCAGAAUUUAGGAACCCCCUGGCCCCCGCUGUGCAGGAGUGUCCAGGGUCCCCACAGAGGCCAGUGGGCUGGGGAAGAGGAGGCAGAGCAGGUCCUCCGCGUCACAGGUCCUGCUCCUCAGCUCUGGGCAAGAAAGGACAGCCGUGGGCAGCCCGGGCGUGUGAUGGAGCAAGGGCAGACACAGCUCAUCCAGAUGGUGGUGUGGAUGCUGCAGCGCAGGCUCCUGGUCCAGCUGCACACCUACGUUUGCCUGAUGGCCUCGCCCAGUGAGGACGAGCCCCGCCCCCGGGAGGAUGACGUGCCCCUCACCACCAGGGUUGGCGGCCGCAGCCUCAGCACGCCCAACGCCCUCAGCUUUGGCUCCCCAACCAGCAGUGAUGACAUGACCCUCACCAGCCCCAGCAUGGACAACUCCAGUGCAGAGCUGCUCCCCAGUGGGGACUCGCCACUCAACAGGAGGAUGACGGAGAACCUGCUGGCCAGCCUGUCCGAGCAUGAACGGGCAGCCAUCCUCAGCGUGCCCGCGGCACAGAACCCUGAGGACCUCCGCAUGUUUGCCAGGCUCCUGCACUACUUCCGCGGCCGCCACCACCUGGAGGAGAUCAUGUACAACGAGAACACGCGGCGCUCCCAGCUGCUCGCGCUGGUGGACAAGUUCCGCAGUGUCCUGGUGGUGACCACCCACGAGGAUCCGGUCAUCACUGUCUUCCAGGCCCUGCUCACCUGAGCUGGGGCACCGGAGGGAGCCUCCCCAACCCCAGGCUCCUUCCCUCCCCAUGGGGCCCCUGCUCUCCACAUCCUCACCCGCCUCCAGUCCUGGAAACAGCCUCAGGGGCUCUGAGCUGAGAAGGUGAGGCUCGAGCUGGGAGAGCGUCCAGGACUCUUGCCUCGGAGUGAGGCUUGCAUGCUGCCCACACCACCUUGGCUCGUAUUUCUCUCAGAGCCUCGCUCCCCCUCCCGUGUUCCCCGGGCCUGGGCUGUCCAGAGCUUCAGGUCCGAGGGCCUGGCCUGGCCUGUAUGGCCAGCACUGGCCGCCUGCAGGCACCCUUCCCUCCAGCUUGCCGGUGCCUGGCCCGGCCCCUCCCCGCCCCCCACAGUCCUGUGUUAGCCACCAGGAGGCCAUGGCCAAGCGGUCGCCCCCGUGCCACCUGAGGCACGAGGACCUGGGCUAACGGUGUCCCGCAGCUGUCUUAGCUUCCCCUUGGCCGGGGCGGGGGUGGGGUGGGGUGGGGAGGAGUGACUGCACCGCUGCUCCCCACACACGGCUGCCUCAGGCCUGAGGAGGAAGUGCACCUGCUGGCCCCGGGUCCUCCCAAAGAGAUGAGCUGGCCACAGACAGGGGCUCCGGCCGAGACACAAAUGACACUGUUUUCUAUAAACACAGCAUUUAUUUCAUUUUUAAACAAUUAAAAAUCCUCAUCCCG